CAGUUCCCUAAGGAAGAAGUGGAUCUCGGCGCACCAUGGACAUGGUUCUGACCUGUACUGGCUUCUAGACUGGGAUCAGGAUAUGGAUUAUCUGGAAGCCCUGCUAGAUGACAGCUGGAAAGUCUUGAAGAAUGCUGGAGCCAAGCCACUUGGUGAAGGUGAUCUGGCUUCCCAAUCCACGUCAAGGACUGAGGCUCAGGGAGAUGGCAAGGUGAUGGACCAAAAGACCAUGCAGGUGGAGACGUUUCCCAGAGGAAACAGUGGCUCGUUGGCAGCCUCUGCUGCAGGAAAGAAGGCGAUGCCAGGCAAAGGCCCAGACACAGGAGAUGCAGCCAGUAUCACAACACGUGUUCCUGAUUCCCAGAACACAACUGAAAGGGGUUUCUGUCAGGGAACACUCUGUUGGCUAGGGAUAACAGCUGGCCUGCUUUGUUUGGAGCUUGUCUUCAUUUUAUGCUGUUUUGGAAUCUGGUAUACCUGGAAGAGAAAACGGAGUGCCUCUGCAGCUUCAAACGUCCUGCCAAACAUGUUAGGCUGGGAGAACUACACCCGUCUUCCUCCAUCUCCAAACCAGUGUACGUUGUCCCUGCCACAGCUGCCUUACCAGCUCAUUGCUGUGGAGGUGCAACCACCAUGCAGAACAGGACCCUCUGCCCCUGCAGGUGCUGGCCCUGGUGUCUUGCCAUGCCUGAAGGUGGGCCCCUCUUGCCAGGGAAGGGCUUAAACAACACCUUUGGGCUUCAGCUCUGAGGUCUGGCUGGUACCACCAGCACUGGCACAGCUGCUUUGCUGAUCACUGCCUUGUCUGGGCAGGCAGCAGCUGGGCAUGGGGCAGCAUGCUAUCUUUGUUUUUCAUUUUGAGAAAUGAGAAAUUUUUAGAACUCUUUAGAAUUAAUAUUGGUAGAAAAUAAUCCCCGAAUGUUUCUUCCUGAUUUCCAUUGUCAUUUAGGAUUUUUCAAAAGAGUUUUAGAAAUCUGAAAAGGCGACCCCGUUUUGUCUUUGCUCUUCAUUUUUAGAAAUUUGAAAUUUUUAGAUAUAGUUAGAAAUAAUUUUCGUAGAAAAGAUCUAUAAACAUUUCUUCCCCAUUUCCAUAGUCGUUCAGGAUUUUUCAAAGUAGUUUUAGAAUUCAGAAAAACUUGGAACAUUUUUACACUUCUAGAAUAAAAACUGAAAUUGCAUUCAAUUGGUAAUCUUUACUCUAGGAAGAACUAAGACACCCUAAAUACCCAGCCUACUGGAGAGGUUCUUUUCCCACUGGGAGAUUUGUACCUAGUCUCAACAACUAACCUAAGACCUUUUCCCAGAUACUUUUUGGGACUUCUGACAAGCUCCCCUCUUAGUCUUCAGAGGGAAACUUUGAGCACAGUGAGAAUCUCCUCCUGUGUGCCAGCUGCAGCUGGGGGCCUCAGCCACCUUCCCUCUCAAUAGGUGCCCCUCUGCAGCUUCACAAGAAAGGCCAAACACAUCAGUCUGGGAGACUUGCCCCUGUCAUCCUGCAUCCUUAUGCACGUGUCCAUUGUCCCUGCCACAGCUGCAUUAUCAACUUAUUGCUAUGCCCAUGCUGCCACCAACACACAGAACAGGAGCCUCUGUCCACAAAGGGUUUGGCCCUACUCACCAGACAGGACAGAUGGCGGGGCCCUCCUGCCAAGGCAGGGCUUGAGUCCAGCAGCACCUGUGGGCUUCAGCUCUGGUAUCUGGCUGGUACUACCAGCAGUGGCAGAGCUGCUUGGCUGGGCACAGCCCAGGCUGGGCAGGCAGCAGCCUGGUGAAUGGCUCCUGAGACA